AUGUCUUAUAUUUCUAUCCUUGACUGGGGAACUGGACACCAGGGCCACUCCAAAGUAGUUGCUACUCUGGAGAAGCCCAUAUUGUCUCUACACCCACCUUGGACCACAAUCUUCAAGGGGGAGUGGGUAACCUUGCGGUGUGAUGGAUAUCACCCUCUGCUUCUGGAGCUCCGGCCUAUCAGCACUCUCUGGUAUUUGGGCCACCUACUUCUGCCUUCUCAUAAGAAGAGCAUCGAGGUCCAGACUCCGGGGGUGUAUCGAUGCCAAACACGGGGAGCACCUGUCAGUGACCCCAUCCACCUCUCUGUAUCCAAUGACUGGCUGAUCCUUCAAGUGCCCUAUGCUGCGGUGUUCGAGGGCGAGCCACUGGUCAUGCGAUGUCGGGGUUGGUACGACAAGGUGGUCUACAAACUUCACUAUUACCGCGACGACCAGGCCGUGCGCUACUUCCACUCCAGUGCCAACUACACUGUUGUGCAGGCGCGCGCCAGCGACAGCGGGCGCUACCAGUGCUCAGGCACCAUGCGCAUCCCAGUGGAGAGCGCACCUAUGUUCUCCUCCAAGGUGGCUGUGACCGUGCAAGAGCUGUUCCAGGCGCCAGUGCUGAUGGUGCUGGGUCCGCAGGAGGCCCGCGGUAGGGUGGUCCUGCGCUGCGAGACGCGCCUGCACCCGCAGAAGCGCGACACGCCGCUGCAGUUCGCCUUCUACAAGUACAGUCGCACCGUGCGCCGCUUCGACUGGGGCGCAGAGUUCACGGUCCCGGAGCCCGAAAUCGAAGAGCUCGAAUCAUACUGGUGCGAGGCGUCUACCGCCACCCGCAGCGUCCGGAAACGCAGCCCGUGGCUGCAGCUCCCAGGGCGCGGCUCUCACCUGAACCCGGCCUCCACCACCGCCCCCGCCCUGUGGGCAGCAGCCUUGGCGCCCGGUAACAAGCCGCUUUCCUUCAGAAAGCCCCCGGUGUCCAGAUCGGUGCCGUCGGUCACCUCGGUCCCGAACACCACCUCUGCGGGGCUGCAGUUCCCGGCGGGUGGCGGCCCCACUGCUGGGCCACCUGCCUGUGCUCCGCCAACGCCCCUGGAACAGUCGGCCAGAGCCCUGAAACCAGACGUGGACCAGCUGCUCCGAGAAAUGCAGCUGCUCAAAGGCCUUCUGAGCCGCGUGGUCCUGGAAUUGAAGGAGCCACAGUCUGUCCCGGAGCUCAGGGGAGCACCCAAGACCCCUGCCUCCCGCUUUGCCGACAGCCCAGGGACCCCAGAGACCACUCCUGUGGAGAGCUGAAGGGGCAGCUGCUGUCCCCUCCCCGCUCCCGCUCUCCCGCUCUGGGGACUUUUCAAAGCCAUCUUCGUUUGGGCCCCUUGGUUGUGCUGUGGUUUUGUGAAGAAGCGCCCUUCGCGCCGAGCGCGGUGGCUGAGGACUUCCCCCUCCCACAGCAGCUGUUCACAAGCACUCUCUCGCAUCUUUUCCUUGUCCCCACAGAAUUCAGUGAGGAAGUAGAAACCUGUUACAACUUUGCGGUUUUCCUUUGGAAGGCGUUUACUCAUCCCUAGCUCUUCAUAUAGGCCUGGCCAGUAUAUUUCAGCAUGGGGCUGUUCUUUGGUACUUAAGUUCAUUGAGGUCACUGAGCACUUUAGAACAUGUUAGGGUCAAGUCGUAAUUAGUAUAACGAAUUUAACUUCUGUUAAUAUUGGUUAGACUUUUAGUCCUAUAACUAAUGAGUUUAUAUCCUGAAAUUCUUGGGUUUAUUUAUUUUUAGAGGGAGAAGGGUAAUUGUGUGGCCUCCCAUUCCCAGUUGAGAAGGGUCGGAGUUGCCUUAGACUCACCCAGAAGCACCCCUGCCCCAGUGUAACUAAACAGACUGGGGGGCACUGGUAGCUGCAGGUGGGCCAUGCCCUAAAUUAGACAAGUGAUAGUAGCAUCGGGAAAUCUCUUUGAGUAAAGUUUUGGAUAAAUCCUUAAAGUUGAAUUAUAAUUUUUAGCAGCCGUUUUCUUUCCUAAGAGCCAUUGCAUCACUAACACACCUAGAUAAACACAUGCACGGAUCCAUACCCUAUCUUAUCUGGUGGCUUUACUGUCACCUGAAAGAAGAAAAGUCAGAGACUAUUCCACUCAUUUUCAAGGGUCCUUAUUGGAACCAUCAGUUCUUUGCAGGGCUGAUAUGACUGGUCCUCAAGAGGUCUCAUUCUCUGUCUUACUCUCUCAUUCUGUCCUCACACAGCCUUUGUUUCUUACUUUGAUUUUAUUCCGUGGAACUCUUUAGGUUCUGUGCUUAAAUGACUUUUGCCCCCUAAGAAAUUAAAUCAAAUCCUCUAGGUCAGCGGUUCUCAACCUGUGGGUCACGACCCACAGGAACUGUAUUAAAGGGCCGUGGAAUUAGGAAGGCUGAGAACCACUGCUCUAGGUUGAAGUCCACGUCCACUACCAUAGCACAGAGAGCUGUUCUUCCCGUACUGCAGGGGCACUGACCAUUCCUCUUCCCCCACUCCUCCCUUUCUCAUGACUCUCUGUGCCUGUGCAGAUGCUUUGGCUCACCCUCCAUUGGAGGGCAGGACAGGCCUCUUGAGCCCAAGCCUCAUCUGCAAAAUGAGGGAAGUAAUAGAAACCUCACGGGGGACACACAAAGAUCCCUUCAAUAUUAGAGGUUUUAAAACAAGGGGUGCUGAGGUCCUUAGAAACACGGAGGAGAGACACUAAGCACAAGGUGGGAAUCCAGAAAUCACUUGCUAAAGAGAUAACAUCUGCGAGUUCCUAUUGAUGAAGUAUGAGUUUGUUUCUAAACUUUUGCAGUCUGAAUUAUGUUGCAAUAAAUAAGUUUACACCUACAUCUUUGAAGACAUUUCUGAAUAUAUCUGUAGGAUAAACUCCUAGAAGUAGAAUUUCUAGAUCAAAGGAUACACACACACACACACACACACACACACAUUUUGAGACAGAGUGUCACUUUGUUGCCCUGGGUAGAGUGCUAUCGCAUCACAGCUCACAGCAACCUCAAACUCUUGGGCU